CAACAACUACAACUAAUAACGUGUUUUCUUCAAUCCAUCGACCUUCGCCAAACCUUUCCCAAAAAAACACGAAAAUUGAAAACUUCUUUUUUUAUUUCUUUAUUUAAUUAAAUUCAUUUUCAACACACUUUACUCAUUCCUCCUUCUUCAUCACCACUCAUUCAUUCAAUCGCAACACAAUCGCAGGUUUAGUGGCUGUGAAUUUUUUGUUUAGGUCGGAGGCUCAAGGAGUUUUUGUUUCGGAUAUGAUGAAUGGAUCACAGCCUCAAAGUUGGGGUGAAAGUUCUAGUUCAACUUCGCUUAGUAGUCAGAAUGAUGUUGAGGAUGAUCAGAUGAUUGCUCUUGUGUUAUCGGAAGAGUACGCCAAAUUAGAUGGAGCAGUCGGCCGGCGUCUUUCGAAUUUGGAACCUGUUCCUCAUGUACCCCGCAUAAAUUCAUUCUUCCCAACCAUGAAUGAUGCCAGUAUGGAUCAUCAGCGUCUGCUACAGAGGUUGAAUGUUUACGGUCUUUGUGAAGUUAGAGUAUCUGGAGAUGGAAAUUGUCAGUUCCGUGCACUUUCAGAUCAGCUCUACAGGUCACCUGAACACCACAAGCAUGUUCGCAAAGAUAUUGUAAAACAGCUGAAAGAUCACCGUUCCUUAUAUGAAUCCUAUGUACCAAUGAAGUACAAACGAUAUUACAAGAAAAUGGCUAAAUCUGGAGAAUGGGGGGACCAUGUUACCUUACAGGCAGCUUCUGAUAAGUUUGCAGCUAAGAUAUGCCUUCUAACAUCGUUCAGAGAUACUUGUUUCAUCGAAAUUAUGCCACUGUACCAAGCACCACAGCGUGAAGUGUGGUUGAGUUUCUGGUCCGAGGUUCAUUACAAUUCACUUUACGAAAAUCGAGCUGCACCAAUCCAACAUAAACCAAGGAGGAAACAUUGGUUAUUCUAGAAGAUGUAGAUUUAAGCAUCAAAGUUAUAAGAUACAGUGCAUGGUGCAUAUGAUAUCUAAAAUAUUAAUAUUCCAUUAUGAAUACAGAACAUAUACAUUAUUCAAUGAAGGUAAAGUGCUAAAAUUGAAAUUUGAAAAGUAUAUUUUCCAAAGUAUCAAAGAUGAAGUAGGUUGUGGAUAUAGGAGCCAAGGUUGAGUGGGAGAAAUAAUUUGUUUGACAUUUUUUCCCCUUUACUAUUAUUUAUAGUAUACUUAUGAUAUUAUUAUUUUA